UCUCAGCCAUCUUCUUUCGAUUCUUCGCUUAGUUCUGACGAGGGGAAGACAGGUCCAUUCUACGGGUUGAAUCUUAGCCCACUGAUCUGACUCAAUCACUCAGUUGACUCCCCUUUUUCAUCGCGUGAUCAUGGCCGCCGCUCUCAAGAAUCUGCCCGUCCUAGCUAAGGGCUGGGCCGCCCCUCGAUGGGCCACUUUGGUCAAAUACGGCCGGAUUGAGUUGAUGCCGCCCUCCCCCGCCGAGAUUCCGGUGGCCUUGGGCCAAUUGGCCAAGUUGGCUCAGAGUGGGAUGACCAUGAAAUGGGCCCAGACCCCGGUCAAGGAAGCCACGGUCAAUACCUUGGUGGCCAUGGAAGUCUUGUGUUGGUUCUUCAUCGGGGAAUGCAUCGGCAAGGGUAGCUUGGUCGGAUAUCAAGUCUAAGCCGCUGCUGUUGCCGAAUAACGGAUCCACCUCGUUUAACUACAGGGCUAAUGAGUCACCCUUGGGACCUUUUAGCCCCUCCCUCCCCCUUUCAUCGAUUUCCCGCUUCAGAGAUGGUUUAGUCGGGCUCACCCGGAGUCUCCUUACGUGAAUAAAUCGAGUAGAUCCAGAUAGAUAAAUAAACCCGGAUGAACUCGCCAGACAGUA